AACAUCGUAGCUUCCGAUAGGAGAAUUUCCAUAUAAACUGCGACGGGCGCGCUUCCUCCCCCAAUGAUGGCCUAAUCUAGAUGCUUGUUCCCACAACGUCGGGCGCCGCUAGGGGUGCAAGCUCUCUUCCUCCUCCGUUGCUCUGUCGCCGGGUGAGGCAUCCUCAAUCACUGCACAACCUAUCGAUACACCUCGUAUAUACGCGCGGUUCUUGUUUGUCAUUUUGAACAGAAAACAAUAUUUCUAAUUCCGGGCCCUUCCGUUGGGGGAACUGGCCUUUCGAUCGCGCCUGAAAAAAAAAAAACGAGGAGACCUAAUCCUGCCCUUUCCGCUUGCAGGAAGGACCAGGCCGGGCCUGAGUCAGAUCGUCUUGCGAGGGAACGCUUGCAAGUGCCAGUUUCUUGCUCGGUGAUCCCUCCUAAACGUGUCAAUCACAGUCCAUCCCUUAGCCGAAUAUUUGGUCCUAGAGCGGACACGGCGGCAGGCACACCUGGAUUACCUACCCAACCCAGGUGCGGUGACGUCUUGUUCUGGGCCCUGUUCCUGAGCUCUCCGGGCCCAGAUUGGACCGCCAAUCAAACCCCCGAGAGCGCGAGACCCGUUUCCAGGUUCUUCUUACCCACACCGCGCGUUUGUUCUCGGACAAGACGCCGAAGUCACCUACCUAUCUGCCUACCUAGGUAGCUAGCUCCGUUACCAACCUUUAUUCCAAUACACACCAGCAGAGUAUCUGGCCCUUACACAGGCCUUAGCUACACAUCCAACUGGCUGGCCCUCCCGGCGGCCGGGGCCCCGCGUGCUAGACCAUGGCCUGGGACCAUCUCUCCAUCACCAAGCCGCACUUGGUCUACAUCAUCCUCGGGGGCUUCACCUCCCUGUUCAUGCUAUGCUCGAGCGUCAUCAAGGAGCGCAUGUACAUUGGCGAGGCCACCGUGGCCACGCUCUGCGGUGUCAUCUUCGGGCCCUAUGCCGCCAACCUCAUCAACCCGGAAUCAUGGGGCAGCGUCGACAUUGUCACCAUCGAGUUCUCCCGCCUCGUCCUGGUCGUGCAGUGCUUCGCCGUAGGCGUCGAACUGCCCAAGUACUAUAUGGAGAAGCACUGGAAAUCCGUCACCUUCCUGCUGGUGCCCGUCAUGACCUUUGGUUGGCUGAUCACUAGUCUGUUUGUCUGGUGGAUGGUCGAGCCCCUGAACUUCCUCGAGAGUCUCGUCGUGGCCGCAUGCGUCACCGCCACGGACCCCGUCCUCGCCUCGUCCGUCGUCGGCAAGGGCAAGUUUGCCAAGAGGGUUCCCAAGCAUCUCCGUGACCUGCUCUCGGCCGAGUCGGGUUGCAACGACGGCAUGGCCUUCCCUUUCAUCUACCUCUCCCUGUAUCUCAUCCACGACAAGCAGAGCGCCAGGGACGUCUCGUUCCACUGGAUCGUCUACACCAUCCUCUACGAGUGCGUCUUCGGUGCCGUCUACGGCUUCAUCAUCGGCUACCUCGCCCGCCACGGCAUCAAGUACGCCGAGGAGCACGAUCUGAUUGACAGGGAGAGCUUCUUGGUCUUCUACUUUGUGCUCGCCCUGUUCUGUGCCGGUUCAGGGAGCAUUCUCGGCGUGGACGACCUCCUCGUCGGAUUCGCCGCCGGUGUCGGCUUCUCAAAUGACGGCUGGUUCACCCAGAAGACGGAGGAGUCCCACGUCUCCAACGUCAUCGACCUGCUGCUCAACCUGGCCUACUUCGUCUACUUUGGCACCAUCAUCCCGUGGAAGUCCUUCAACGACGCUGCCAUGGGCCUGCAAGCCUGGCGCCUGUCCGUCCUGGCCAUAUUCGUCAUCCUCUUUCGCCGCAUUCCCAUCAUGAUGGCUCUGAAGCCGGUCAUUCCCGAUAUAAAGACCUGGCGCGAGGCCCUCUUCGCCGGCCACUUCGGUCCCAUCGGCGUCGGCGCCAUCUUCGUUGCCAUGCUGGCCCGGGGCGAACUCGAGUCCGAGGACCCGGUCCCUCUCUCGGAGCUGCCGAAACCCGGAACCGAAAACUAUACGCUGCUCUCGCUUGUCUGGCCCAUUGUUGCGUUCAUCGUCGUCUCCUCCAUUAUCGUCCACGGCUCGUCGAUCGCCGUGUUCACGCUGGGGAAGCGCAUCAACACCCUCACCAUCACCAUGUCGUACACGCAAGCCAACGAAGACGGCCCGCACUGGAUGAACCGACUGCCUCGCAUAUCUUCACAGUCGCGGUCGCAGGCGCGCACCAUGUCGGAUACUGAUGCCGAAGAACUCAAGCUGCCCGAGUUCCCACCUGGGACGCUGCCGCCUGUCGGCUUCCCCGGGAACUUCUUGCGUCGCGUCAAGGAAGACGACACCAGCAGACACGGGAGCAGGUCUUCCUCGCUGGCACCACGCCGGCGGAAGAAGAAGUGGGACGACGGCAUCGGACCCGGCGGUCCCAUUAGCCAGUCGGCCAUCUACCCCCAACGUCGCGGCCAAGGCGAGGAGCCCUCACCCGGUCCCCCGCGCGGUAGCACCGACCAGUCCCGGGCGGAUGAUGUCCCCCAGUUACCGACCGAUGUGGAGUCCCCCGUCGUUCUAGAAGAGAAGGAUUCCGAUCGAUUAUCUCUGGCCGAGGCUUCCGAGAAGCCAGCCGGCGAGGACCGCCCUGCGAGCUCGGAAGAACGCAGAGAUGCCGUUGAGGUCUACGAAGAGGGUGGCAACAUUGUGGUUGAGAACCGUGCUGGCGAUAUGCUCGCGGUCGAACCCAUGCACGGCGAGGAAAACACCGCUGAUCGAGCCAAGAGCUUGGCAACCGAGCUCAAGGCGGAAACAGAGACCUCGGGCUGGACUUAUGAGGGUUUGAAGAAGAGAAUCGUAGCCUGGCGCGAGGCUGAGCUUGCGAAGAGGAAAGGCAAGGGCAAGACGGUUACUAAGAGCGAACCGGCCCGGGCGUUCCAAUUCGGUAACACGAUUAUUGUGGAAAAUGAAGAUGGUGAAGUCAUCAAAAAGUACGACCUCCCCACGCAGAAGCCGCAGGCCGACCUAGUGAGUCAAGGCCUGAAACACAUGGGCAUGGGCGUCUUCGCGAAGGCCAUAGAAAAGCCCAGCGAAGGCGCGGCAGGGGCAGGCGAGUCCUCCACGGGGGGAGAGCCCUCUGCGACGCAGAAACAACGCAAAAAGAGCGUGGUUGCGGGGCAGGAAGAGGAUGACGACAGGCACAUCCGGUUCACCAUUGGCGGCAUCGGCCGGCGCAUGACCAAGGAGGACUUCAUUGAGCAGAUGCAGAAGCUGGACAGAUCCACCAGGCGCGAGGUUGUGGACAAGUCGGACGCGUCGCGGGGACUCAAGACACUCGCCAAACAGGACGCGCCGGCGCGACCGACCCCGCAAAUCACGGUCUCCCCAGCCCAGCAGUCAAGCGCCAGCCGGAAGGACUACGCACCCGCCGGUGCCACCAAAUCUACCCAACAGCCGCCAGGAGAGGAUGAACGUAGGCAGCGCGAGUCGAGGUCGUCUUCUCGGGGGAAACAGGAAUCGCCAUCCGACACGUCAGACAAUGGGGCAGCCGAAACCGAGGUAGAGCGCAGGAGGCGAUUGGCAGCGCUGAAGGGCGUCGAUGCUGAAGACGGCAGUGAUGACGAGGACGACGUUGCCGAUCGCCGCGGCCGCAGCAUCAACAAGACACGCAGGGAGCAUGACGAGGAUGAUGUCGAGACGGCCGCGGAACGACGCCGUAGAGAGGCAGCGCUGGGGAUGGCGCCGCACGCGGACAACGGGGAGGACAGCGACGAUGAUGACACGCCGCGAGUGCCACCAUCUAAAAGGUCGAUUCGGUUUGCAGAUGCCCUGGAGAGGGCGAGGCGAGAAUGAGAAGUGUUCUUGGCCCGCGGGUCCUG